GAAGAGCGAAAGCGAAAGCGAAGAGCGAAGCAAGAGAAAAGCGAAGAAGAGCGAAGAGAAGCGAAGAGAGCGAAGAAGAGCGAAGAGCGCGAAGAGAGCGAAGAGAAGAGAGAGAGCGAGAGAGAGAGUGCGAGAAGAGCGAGCGAGAGAGAAGCGAGAGAGAGAAAGCGAGAGAGCGAGAGAGAGCGAGAGAGAGAGCGAGAGAGAGCGAGAGAGAGAAAGCGAGAGAAGAGCGAAGAAAGCGAAAGCGAAAGCGAAGAGAGCGAGAGAGAGAAAGAGAGAAGCGAAAGCGAGAGAGAGCGAGAGAGAGCGAAGCGCGAGAGAGAGAGCGAAAGCGAAGAAAGCGAGAGAGAGCGAAAGCGAAGAAGAAAAGCGAAAAGCGAAGAAAAGCGAAGAGAAGCGAGAAGCGAAGAGAGAGCGAGAAGAGCGAGAGAAGAGCGAGCGAGAGUGAGAGUGAGACUGUAG